CCAUAUAAACCACCCAUCCCGUAUCCUCAAAGAUUAGUACAAUCCAAAAACGUAGGGCAGUUUAAGAAAUUUGUAGAGCUUCUACAAAAACUAAACAUCACAAUACCUUUUACGGAAGCCAUUACCCAAAUGCCCUCAUACGCUAAGUUUCUCAAAGAAAUUUUAACUAAAAAGAAAAAGAUCGAGGAUGAGGAAAUCGUUAUGCUUACUGCCGAGUGUAGCGCCAUACUCCAAGAUGAUAUGCCUCCUAAGCUAAAAGACCCAGGAAGUUUUUCCAUACCCUGUGUAAUUGGAAAUUAUGUAAUAGAUAGGGCCCUAUGUGAUUUAGGAGCCAGUAUCAGCUUAAUGCCUAUGUCCAUAUGCGAAAAACUUAAUUUAGGAGAAUUGAGACCAACUAAAAUGUCAAUACAAUUCGCUGACCGUUCUGUCAAAUACCCCUUAGGUAUACUAGAAAACGUGCCAGUACGUGUAGGUCAAUUCUAUAUCCCUACCGAUUUUAUAGUCAUGGACAUAAGGGAAGAUUCCAAUACACCUAUCAUUUUAGGAAGGCCAUUCUUAGCAACUGCCGGAGCCGUAAUAGAUGUAAAGGAAGGAAAGCUAACGUUUGUAGUAGGUGAAGAAAAAGUCGAAUUUAUUUUAACGCAACUCAUGAAAGCACCAGCUAUAGACGAUAGUUGUUACAUGGUAGACGUCAUCCAAGAAUGUAGAAAAGAGAGUGAGAAGGAUCAAACUAAACAUUCUGAAAUUUUAAAAACUUCCACUCCUCCAACUCAUAAAAAUGGUGAUGACGACCUAGCUAAAUGUUUAGAGAUUACACAAGUUCCUAAACCUAGCCAUGUUAAACCAACUUUAAAACUAAAAACUCCAUCAAGACUCCAAAAAGGAACCCCUGUGGCUCCGAAUAAAUUAAAAGGUCCCGUUUCUAAGAAAAUACCUCCCGACAUAUUAAAAGACCACCCAGAAAAUAACAUCGCUCAAAAUAAAAUACCCCCGGGUGUCUCUAAGAAAAAGAAAGAAAAAAAGAAGAGAAGACCUAUGAAAUGGUCUGACAUUUUCAAAUGGAGACCGAAGAAUAUUGAGCAUAAUUUAAAAGAUGUGAAUCUAGAGGAGGAACCAUGUUGACCUAUAGGGCUAAAUAGUCGAGCUACCGACGUUAAACAAAGCGCUGCAUGGGAGGCAACCCAUGAGUUUUCUUUAAUUUUUUUUAAUUUUUGCUUUCUCUUAUUUUCUUUUUUAUGACUAUCUCUAAUAAUUCUGUGCCUAAUAGAGCUCCCACGCACAUUUCUCCAAAUGUUGCUGCUGGUGGGGGCGAAAAUAUUGUUCCACCUGCACACACUACACAUUUUUUCUAACACUUUUGCAGGUAGUUCCUCCUCAUCAAGGCAAAGCUCCAUCGAUGAUGUACUCCAUGAGAUACGCGCCCAAAACGCACUAAAUCAAGAGCGCGAUGGAUUAUUCUAUGCCAUGCAUCAACAACAAGAGGAGAUGAUGGAACGAAUGACAUUCAUGCAAGCCCAGCAAGACCAAAUUCUUCAAAACCAACAUGAGAUGCAGGGCUAUUAUCAUAGGUGGGAGAGCUCCGAAGAGCACCGUCAACAACAGCUCGACAAUGUCAUACAAGAGCUAGGCGGUUUGAGGC